AUGCCCAACAUCCGGAUCUUGCGCGACAUGCGCGCGCGCCAGGGCGUCUCCGAGAACGAGAUCGUGCGGCGCGCCUACCUCUUCGUCGCGCGCAACCAGAGCCUGCCGCCGCAGGUGCGCUACCAGGCGCAGCUCCAGCUGAACACCUUCGGGCGGUACACGCGCCCGACCACCGUCAAAAACCGCUGCUCCGAGUCGGGCAGGGGAAGGGGCGUCAUGAGCGAGUUUAAACUGUGCAGGGUACAAUUUCGACAGAAAGCUCUCGCUGGAGAGUUGCCCGGCGUGCACAAGGCUUCGUGGUAA